GGGGGAUGAGAGCGACCAGAGAGCGUGUGUGUCCAACAAGGAGAGAUGUCUGGGUGCUGCAGGACCACUGUGAUGUGUCUAUUAGGUAUUGCAUUUUUUUUUACGGCAAUUAUCAGCCAGACCAGUGGGCAGACCGGUAAAAUACCAUGGACGCAAGAAAAGCUGUUCCACAAGCCAAGCGUGAUGACUACACGAGACACCAAGCGAGUCUUAGCACAGACUGAUGUCACCCGGAUGUGGCAGAAUGAUCUCCGACCCCUGCUGGUGCAGAGAUACCCCAGCUCAUCAGGCAGCCUUGCUGUGCGCCAGCACAUUUUGAACAGACUGGGAUCACUCCGCGCAGGCUGGGAGACAGAGGAGGAUACAUUCCAGGCGGACACUCCCUACGGUCCGCUGACCUUUUCCAACAUAAUCGCCACCGUGAACCCGGCAGCCAAGCGGCGCCUCGUGCUCGCCUGCCACUACGACUCCAAGUACUUCCCUCCACAGCAGAGCGGGCGCCAGUUUGUCGGAGCCACUGACUCGGCAGCACCGUGUGCCAUGCUGCUAGAACUGGCACAGGCUCAGGACGAGGAGCUCCUGUCACGAAAGACUUCCAAUCCAGAGCUCUCUCUGCAGCUGAUUUUCUUCGAUGGAGAGGAGGCUCUGCACCAGUGGUCCUCCACAGACUCUCUCUAUGGUUCACGACACCUGGCCCAGAAGAUGGGAACCACUUCACACCCGCCUGGUGCCAGGGACACGAAUCAGCUGCAUGGGAUAGAUCUGUUUGUGCUGCUGGAUUUAAUUGGUGCUCCUAAUCCCCGCUUCGGCAGCCAGUUCACAAGCACUGCGAGAUGGUUCUCCAGACUGCAGAAUAUAGAGCGACGGCUGCAUGGGAUGGGGGAGCUCAAGAAUCACCACGCUGAAAUUGAAUAUUUCUGGCCUAACAUUCGUGUUGGGCCUGUUGAUGAUGAUCACGUACCGUUUUAUAACAGAGGAGUUCGGAUUCUGCACUUGAUACCAACGCCUUUCCCUGCAGUCUGGCACACCAUGGAUGACAAUGAAGAAAACCUGGACUCAUCCACCAUUGAAAACUUGAAUAAGAUUCUCCAAGUCUUUGUGCUGGAGUACCUAAAGCCGUAAGGCUACAAUAGCAGUCAUCUGUGGGGCUGAGGCAAUGAAAUAUCACUACAUACAGACUGGGGGUCAUAUGUAUGAACAUCAGAAAAGGGCAAGAUGAGUGCAACAAUGCCAAACGUGUUGGCUCACUCUAUAGAAAUAACUACUGUUCCUUCAUAAAGUUCUGCUAACAUAUUGCAUUACACACCGCUUUGUAGUUUCCCAUAUAAUGAAAAACUGACAAAAAUGUGACAUGUCGAAAUCUAACGUGAAAUACUGUACUACUGUUACGGCUUCCGGUAGACUUUUGCGGUAUCAUUUUGUAGUUUCUUUGAUUACAUGAUGUUGAAUAAAAGAUCUAGAUUCUGUUCAUA